UUCUCCCUCUUUGUUCUCCCUCGACGCCUCCGUCUUCACGCGCCUCCGCCGAGGAGAAGCUUCCCGAGCGGCGGCGGAGGAGCAGCAGGAGGCGGCGGGAGUGUCAGCGGCGGCCGGGGAGGUGUUUUCGAGGCGAAUGGCGGACCGCGAGGCGUCACCCAUCCCGCUGGAGAUCCGAGCCCGGCUGGCGGAGCUGGAGCUGGAGCUGUCAGAGGGGGACAUCACUCAGAAGGGUUAUGAGAAGAAGAGGUCCAAACUGAUCAGGGCAUUUGUUCCACAUGCUGGAGGUAUGGAAGGGCCCAUGUCUCACCGGGCCCCACUCGGCCCUCCCUCUGCUGCCCGUUUCCACCGGCGGAGAACCUCCGGCACAAGAGACGAGCGCUACCGAUCAGAUGUCCACACCGAGGCCGUGCAGGCGGUGUUGGCGCGACACGUGGAGCGGAAGGUGGCGGUGCCCAUGCCCUCCAAAAGACGUUCACUGGUGGUGCAGACCUCCAUGGAUGCAUACACGCCUCCAGGCCUGUCCCCCCUGUGCUCAGACUCGUCGUCGGGCUCGGAGGAGGAGGCGGGGCCGGGCGACGACAUGUCGGGCAUGGAGCACUGGAUGAGCCGCCCAUCCCAGUUGGGCCCCGCCCACCUGGGCUCCACCUCCUCCUCGUCCUCGUCAACGCAGAGCGGCGGCAGCGGCAACGCCGGGCGACUGGCCGACUCGCUGGCGCACACGCACAUCUCGCACCUGGCGCACGCACACCUGGCGCACACGCACCUGGGCCAGUCGCUCCACCAGCAGAGCCUCCUGUCCCAGUCACACCACGGUAUCGGCCACUUGUCCCUGAAGAGGAAGGGAGCUCUGAGCGUCGCAGAGAACGGAGGAUCUCUGCGGCGAUCCUGCGAGUUUGGCUCCGACAUGCUGUGGCCACCGCCGCUGGAGUCAGACGAGAAUCACUCUGCCCCCCCGGAUGUGACGGGCUACUCGUCGGACUCGUCUCACUCCCACACUGAGCGUCACCACAUGUCCAACAUGGGAACCAUUGCCAGGAACACGCAGAAGUACGGCAACGCAGAGCGCAUGGAGACGGGCGACGGUGUCCCGGUCAGCAGUCGUGUGUCGGCGAAGAUCCAGCAGCUGGUGAACACGCUGAAGCAGCCGCGCAGGCCUCCGCUGAGAGAGUUCUUCGUCGACGACUUCGAUGAACUUCUAGAGGUCCAGCAGCCGGACCCCAAUCAGCCGCGGCCGGAGGGGGCGGAGAUGAUGCUGGUGCGAGGCGAGGCGCUGGGGGUGGUCACUAACUGGCCCCCCUCCCUGGAGGCUGCGCUCCAACGCUGGGGAACCAUUUCCCCGAAAGCCCCCUGCCUCACCAGCCUGGACACGGCAGGGAAGCCCCUCUACGUGCUCACAUAUGGGAAGCUGUGGUCUCGCAGCAUCAAGCUUGCCUACAACAUCCUCCACAAACUGGGCAGCAAGCAGGAGCCCAUGGUGCGACCGGGGGAUCGGGUAGCGCUGGUGUUCCCUAACAACGACCCAGUAGCCUUCAUGGUGGCCUUCUACGGAUGUCUGCUGGCCGAGGUGGUGCCCGUCCCCAUCGAGGUGCCCCUGAGCCGCAAGGAUGCCGGCAGCCAGCAGAUUGGAUUCCUGUUGGGAAGCUGUGGCGUUACCGUGGCGCUGACCAGUGACGCCUGCCACAAGGGUCUGCCCAAGAGUGCAACAGGAGAGAUCCCACAGUUCAAAGGUUGGCCCAAGCUGCUGUGGUUUGUAACAGAGUCGAAGCAUCUGUCCAAACCUCCCAGAGACUGGUUCCCUCACAUCAAGGACGCAAACAACGACACUGCUUACAUAGAGUAUAAAACCUGUAAGGACGGCAGCGUGCUGGGAGUCACGGUGACGAGGAUCGCUCUGCUCACACACUGCCAGGCGCUCACGCAGUCCUGCAGCUACACUGAGGCGGAAACCAUAGUGAAUGUUCUGGACUUUAAGAAGGACGUGGGCCUGUGGCACGGCAUCCUGACGAGUGUCAUGAACAUGAUGCACGUGAUCAGCGUGCCCUACUCGCUGAUGAAGGUCAAUCCUCUGUCGUGGAUCCAGAAAGUCUGCCAGUACAAAGCCAAGGUGGCCUGUGUGAAGUCCAGAGACAUGCACUGGGCUCUUGUGGCCCACAAAGACCAGAAGGACAUCAACCUGAGCUCGCUGCGCAUGCUGCUGGUGGCCGACGGAUCGAAUCCCUGGUCCAUCUCCUCCUGCGACGCCUUCCUCAACGUGUUUCAGACCAAAGGGCUGAGAGCCGACGUCAUCUGUCCCUGCGCCAGCUCGCCAGAGGCCCUCACCGUGGCCAUCAGGAGGCCAGUGGAGGACAGCAGCCAGCCCCCGGGUCGAGGCGUCCUGUCCAUGCAGGGUCUGACCUACGGGGUCGUCAGGGUGGACACAGAGGAACGUCUCUCUGUUCUCACCGUGCAGGACGUAGGCACCGUCACACCAGGAGGCCUGGUGUGCGUGGUGAGGCCAGAGGGCGUCCCUCAGCUCUGUCAGACGGACGAGAUCGGCGAACUCUGCGUUUGCUCCAUCGCCACCGGCACCUCCUACUACGGCCUGACUGGCAUGACCAAGAACUGCUUCGAGGUUUACCCGGUGAGCUCCGGCGGGGGGCUGAUCAGCGAGUACGCCUUCGUGCGGACCGGCCUGCUGGGCUUCAUCGGCCCCGGCGGCCUCGUCUUCAUCACCGGCAAGAUGGAUGGACUCAUCAUGGUGAGCGGGCGCAGGCACAACGCCGACGACAUCGUUGCCACGGCGCUGGCGGUGGAGCCAAUGAAAUUUGUCUACAGAGGAAGGAUAGCCGUGUUCUCUGUGACGGUUUUGAGGGACGAGAGGAUCGUGGUCGUGGCCGAGCAGAGACCCGACUCCACAGAGGAGGACAGCUUCCAGUGGAUGAGCCGCGUCCUGCAGGCCAUAGACAGUAUCCACGGCGUGGGCGUGUUCUGCCUCGCUCUGGUCCCGGCCAACACGCUGCCCAAGACUCCUCUGGGCGGGAUCCACCUGUCAGAGAUCAAGCAGCUGUACCUGGAGGGGGGGCUGCACCCCUGCAACGUGCUCAUGUGCCCCCACACCUGCGUCACCAACCUGCCCAAACCCCGGCAGAAACAACCAGAGAUCGGACCUGCCUCUGUGAUGGUGGGGAAUCUGGUGUCAGGGAAGAGGAUCGCUCAGGCCAGUGGAAGAGAUUUGGGACAAACUGACGACAACGAUCAGUUCCUGUUCCUGUCGGAGGUUUUGCAGUGGCGAGCUCAGACCACACCGGACCACGUCCUCUACACCCUGCUCAGCUCCCGGGGGGCAGUGUCCAGCUCUCUCACCUGCCUGCAGCUGCACAAGAGAGCAGAGCGAGUGGCCGCUCUGCUGAUGGAGAGAGGGGGUCUGCAGGAAGGAGACCACGUCGCUCUGGUCUACCCUCCAGGCAUCGACCUGAUCGCGGCGUUCUACGGCUGCCUGUACGCCGGCUGCGUUCCCAUCACAGUGAGACCCCCCCACCCUCAGAACAUCUCCACCACCCUGCCCACCGUCAAGAUGAUCGUCGAGGUUAGUCACUCAGCCUGUGUGAUGACCACGGCGGUCAUCUGUAAGCUGCUGCGCUCCAAGGAGGCCAUGGCCACUGUGGACAUCAGGAACUGGCCUCCUGUUCUGGACACUGAUGACCUGCCAAAGAAGAAGCCUCCAGCUCUCCAUAAACCCACCAACCCUGAUGGCCUGGCCUAUCUGGACUUCAGCGUGUCCACGACCGGCAUGUUGGCCGGAGUUCAGAUGUCCCACAAUGCCGUUGGAGCCUUCUGCCGGUCGGUGAAGCUGCAGUGUGAGUUGUACCCGUCCAGAGAAGUGGCCAUUUGUCUGGAUCCUUACUGCGGCCUCGGCUUCGUCCUCUGGUGUCUCUGCAGUGUGUAUUCGGGCCACCAGUCCAUCCUGAUCCCUCCGGUGGAGCUGGAGUCCAACCCGGCGCUGUGGCUGCUGGCCGUCAGCCAGCUGAGGGUGCGAGACACGUUCUGCUCCUACAGCGUCAUGGAGCUCUGCACCAAAGGACUCGGCCUGCAGACCGAGGCGCUCAAGGCUCGGGGUCUGGAUCUGUCCCGGGUUCGGGCCUGUGUGGUGGUGGCGGAGGAGCGGCCCAGGAUGUCGCUCACACAUUCCUUCUCCAAGCUGUUCAAAGACCUCGGCCUUCACCCUCGCUCCGUCAGCACGGCCUUCGGCUGCAGAGUCAACCUGGCCAUCUGCCUGCAGGGCACUUCAGGGCCGGACCCCACCACCGUGUACGUGGACAUGAGAGCGCUGCGUCACGACAGGGUUCGGUUAGUGGAGCGAGGUUCUCCUCACAGUCUGCCGCUGAUGGAGUCCGGCAAGAUCCUGCCUGGAGUUCGAAUCAUUAUCGCCAACCCAGAGACGAAGGGACCUCUGGGAGACUCGCACCUCGGAGAGAUUUGGGUGCAUAGCGCUCAUAACGGCAGCGGCUACUACAGCGGUUACGGCGAGGAGGUUCUCCAGUCUGACCACUUUAGCUCCAGACUGAGUUUUGGCGACACUCAGACGAUCUGGGCCAGGACGGGUUAUCUGGGUUUCCUCCGCCGCACCGAGCUCACAGACGCCAACGGAGAGAGACACGACGCUCUGUUCGUGGUGGGAGCUCUGGAGGAGGCCAUGGAGCUGCGAGGGAUGAGAUACCAUCCCAUCGACAUCGAGACCUCCGUCAUACGUGCACACAAGAGCAUCAUGGAGUGUGCCGUCUUCCCCUGGACCAACCUGCUGGUGGUGGUGGUGGAGCUGGAGGGCUCCGAGCAGGAAGCCCUGGACCUGGUUCCCAUGGUGACCAAGGCGGUGCUGGAGGAGCACUACCUGAUUGUGGGCGUGGUCGUGGUGACGGACAUCGGCGUCAUCCCUAUCAACUCUCGCGGCGAGAAACAGCGCAUGCACCUCCGCGACGGCUUCUUACAAGACCAGCUCGACCCCAUCUACGUGGCCUACAACAUGUAGCCUGAGUGUGUGUGUGUGUGUGUGUGUGUGUGUGUGAGAGCGAGCAUGCGUUUGUAUGCCGUGCAUAUCGCCGUUGUUGUUCAUUCAUUUCCCAAAAUCAAGAUGUACUGUAUUUUUGAACCUGCAUAUGGUGAAGUCUUAAGUCGUCCGUUUUCUUUACAGUCGUGUUGUGCCGGUUGAUUGACUGACUGAUUGAUUGACUGAUUGAUUGACUGAUUGAUUGACUGAUUGAUUGACUGAUUGAUUGAUUGAUUGCUCAGUGGUGUUAUGACCAUUUUUACACCCCCGCUCAAUCUCGUGACCGUCACCAGGAGCUCGUCACUGUAGAAAGCCUUAGGGGAACACUGUGUCGGGAGGGGAACGGUAGAGUCUGUGACAUCACGUCUUACUGGUCGAAGAGAGAAAUCCCAGUUCUGUGGUAUUAUUUCAAUUAGACGAGGGGCAGCCAGAUUAUUGUAAAAAUAUAAAUAUUGUACAUAGACAUAAUAAUCUAUAUGGAGAGGUACCUACAACACAAAGAGGUAUAGUAGCCCCUAUAUGCAGCUCUCUCCACCUGCACCCUGUGUGUGUGUCUGCAUCGUGUGUGUGUGUGUGUGUGUGUGUGUGUGAGUGUGUUCAUCUCUUUGUGUUGAUGUGUGACAGGGACAUUUUACCAGUUUCAAUGUGAAUUCAACGCUGAUUUCAAACAGAUUUUAAACCUUCGACGAUCAAACACGAAAAUAUUUUAUACCGGUUUUAAACGUUAAAAAAACAACAAAAAAACGUUCGUUUUCAGUGUCGCAGUGAAACGUGUAACUGGCUCUAAACUCAUCGACUGCAACUUUUCUAAAUCUGGUUCAGAAACUGAAAGAAAGAUAACUUUUUUUUUUUCUUGUAAUCAUCAGAGUUACUGUGAAUUCAGUCCCUCAAACAUCCAAAGCAUCGCGUCAAGCAAAGUGCACUGUGUGUAAAUACAAGAUGAAGACAGAGUAUUAUUACUAUUUAGAGUGUCGUGGUCGACGCGGCCGAUCGGAGCGACGGGGACACGGCUCUGUUCCUCCAGGAGCUGAAUCACGACAUCGGCGUGAGGCCUUCAGAGUCGCUCUCUGGAUCCAGAUGCACUUUAAUGCAGCAGCGUCUGGAGGCCGUUCGGCACAAAGGGAUGAAGUUUACAGAGAAAAGCUCCUAUUGUAGCAAUAACGCCCACGAGGACGUUCCUCACUGCCGAGGUCAGAGGUCACGUCUCCAAACGAGCUGCAGAGGAUGAGACUCUUAAAAAGAGUUUAUACUGAGUUUCCUCCUCGCGUUGGUUCGACACGUCUGAAGUUUCGCUGUCGGAGCAGCAGCUCGAUUCAAAGAGAAACUCAAAGAGACAAAUCCCCAGAAAAUCUGCUUCACCUCGAACAUACUUUUAUUAUAUUUUGUAUAACUAUGCAUCUUAAUGUUUAUGUUUCGGCUCAUUAACAGAUGAUUUAAAAUUUAAAGCAGCAGCAAAACAGCUCAUCGGCACUAAAAGAGCAAAGAGUAAUGAAAUCGCUGCUGAUUGAGCGACGUGCAGAAACACACAAAUCUCGGUUGUUGUUUCAGGUUUUAUUUUAAACUUAACUUCGUGUUGUGUAGUUUUGAGUAAAGAAGAACUUUUACCGUCUUCCUGGAAAUGAAAAGGAGCAGAAGAUGAAACCUGGGUCUUUUUCUCCAGUUUGCACAGAAGAAGCUCAGUGAAGUGAACGUCCUCUGGGCUUUGGUGCAGCAGCUCCAGCCUCGUGUGCACCAACACCCAACUUCCCUCAGAUGAUUUAAGAGAAUUAAAAAACUAUAUGAAAGGUUUUAGAAGAAGAGUUUAUUGGCUGUGAAUUAUAUGAUCGGCACUAACCUGCCGGUCACUGCAGGUUCCUGAAGAAACGACCGGUGCAUCGUUAGUUUACGUCCUCUCUGGAUUCUCCUGACCUCAUCUCGUCCUCCUGCUUUGUUUCUCUUGUCGACUCUGUCUCAUCGUCUUUCGCCAUCAUUCGUCUUUUUUUAUCAGAAGAAGAAGAAGAAAAAAAAACUUUAUGCAUAUCAGAAGUUGCUUAUUGCGCUUGUUUGGCUGUUUUAGCAGUUUGGGUUUGUUGGUAGCAGCGUAGCGGCCAUGUUUCAGUCCCUGUGUGUGUGUGUGUGUGUGUGUGUAGCAGAGGAUGUGGGACAAGAAGGAACUCCCAUCAGAGACCCGGAGGACUCGUCAGUGUGUUCAGGGUCAGAUGGGAGAGAGACUGCAUGGUGUGUGUGUGUCUGAGUGAGUGUGUGUUAGAUGUGUGUGUGUAUAUUGUAUGUAAAUAGUGUUGAUUUUGUACGGUACAAGUGUGUGUGACUUGUUUUGUACACAUGAUAAAAAGAUUAAAUGACACUUUUAUAAGAGCCUGCUAUUGGCUCACCGUCACACUAUACAGUGCAAUAAAGUGCUUUGAUUGGCUAAAACUCA